GUAAAAGCACAGUCGGCUUGCAGGCUCCAGGUUCAGGAGAAAGAACUGCCUCAAGCCAGGAGAGCAAGGGUCUUGUUUACCACCUCCUUAAGCAGAUUGUAAGAAAUUCCUCCAGACUGGUGAGUUGGUAGCACUUGAAAGCCGUCCCCUCUUGCCCCAUCACACGCACGGAGUGGGUGUUUGCAGCCUCAAUCUGCAGUCCCCUUCCUUUAGCUGGAAAAUGGUAAUACUCCGAUUCCCUCUGGUGUAUUUUUCACAUGACUGACCACAAAACUAUUAAUAUCUGAAUCCAGAGCUGGUUCAGCUUGACAGCUCAUUCCCUCCAGGGAGAGGAAAACCACAACUUCUUCCAACCCUGGAAAAAUGUUUUGUGACUGCAAGACCAGCAGCUCAGAUGCAAUAGAGACGGUUCUGGUUUGCUGAUACACCUCAGUGGAGAACGUCAACCAGCAUGAGAGAGUUUGGCUUGUUUCUUCUGUGCCUCCUUCGCAUCUCCAGGAAGGGUGUGCAGUCCAACGGCUGGUCUGUUCAUGUUCCAUCUGACGUUACUGGUGAGCUUGGGAAGAUGGUUAUCCUGCCCUGUACUUUCACGCACCCCUACAAAACAUUUGACCGGACCCUCACUGCCAUUUGGAGGAUCAAGGAACCUUACAAUGGCACGAUAGUUUUCAAGUGCAUCAGCCAGAGCACCAGCGAGCUCUGUAAGACUGCCAUCAGCUACAAAAACAAAUACAAACUGCUUGGCAACCCCCGGCACAAGGACCUUUCCAUCAGGAUUGACAAUCUGACCUGGAGCGACAGCGAGAGAUACUUCUGUCGGGUGGAGUUGUCCGGAGAUAUCCACGACAAGUAUGAGAGCAGGAAUGGGAUAAAGCUGCACUUGAUUGCUGCCCCCAGGAUCAUUAACAUCACCGUCAGCUCCAACGGGGAUCGUACCUUCCAGGCACGCUGCACUGCCGAGGGGGAACCAGCGCCCGCUCUGACCUGGACCGGACCACCCUACAGCAACAUCACCUCCAUCACCAGCACGAACCAUCGCGUCACUAAGGAGCUCCGGUACCUGACCCACGACGGAAAAUAUACCUGUACCGCUGUCAACACCCAUGGGAGAGCAGAAGGGGCUGUGUACUUCUAUAAAUUCAAAGCAUCCAACAGCUCCUUCUUCCUGAUCCUGAUCUUUGUGCCGCUCGGAAUUAAAGUGCUUAUUUUACUGGUGAUACUGAGCUCCACCGUUUUCUCGAGAGGAGGUCCCUCCUCCGCUCCAUCCAGCCUGGCCCGGCCACAGCCACAAGACUCCACCUACGAGAAUUUUGACCGCAGACACGGCAGCGGCCAGACUUUGCCGACAGAAAGAACAGCAUCCAGACGCAGCUGAGGACCUGGGCCGUCUCAUCCG